AUGACAAAUUUGUCCGUCUAUCGAAAUCAACAACUUGAAGAUAAGAUCAAUAAUUGUAAAAUUGGUUCAAGAAUAGAUUUACGAAAACAACCAUUAACAGAUUCAGAUGUAGAGAUUAUUAUUAAAGAAGCAAUUAUUAAAAAGCAAUGUUCUAUGCUCUGGUUAAUGGAUAAUAAUAUAACAUCACAAGGUAUUUUAAAUCUAGCUUCAACUUUAAACAAUAAUACUACAUUAGAAGGUUUAUCUCUUUGUCAUAAUGGUAUUAAUGAUACUGAUGUAUUUCAUUUAGCACGUGCAUUAUCUAAUAGUAAUUCAAAAUUGAACAGACUUGCUCUUACUUCAAAUAAUAUCACAGAUGAAGGUGUACAACAUCUUGCUGAAAUGCUUAAAUUAAAUCAUUCAUUAACUCAACUUUGGUUAGGUUUCAAUAAAAUCACUGAUCAUGGAAUACAAAUAUUGACCGAUACACUUGCUUAUCAUAAUAAGACUCUUUCUGUAUUAUCUCUUUCAUGGAAUAAUCGAGUGACUGAUUCAAGUGUUGAUUUUUUUAUUAAUAUGUUUGAAUAUAAUCAAAUAUUAAGAAUAGUUUGUCUCGUAAAUUGUAAUUUAUCCGAGACAAGUAAAUUAAAACUACGAAAAGCAACAAAUCUACGUACAGAAUUUUAUCUCGAUCUUUAA